AUGCAAGGUGCUGCCGCCUAUGCUUGUUUGUAUUCCAGAACCUCAAAACGAGAAGACCUCAAAAUUCGCUACGAUAUGUUGUUGGCGCGCUCGCAACUUCCACAUAGCCUUAGAAGACCAUUGCCACCCUGCGAAGGACCAAACCUGUCAGCGUUCAAGAGAGGGGGGCUUGCUAUCCACUUCAUAAAGCUUCUCAGUUCGUCGCCGCGCUUGGACGGAUCUGAAGGAGCCGAAGGAAGCCACAGCUAUGUCUUCAAAGUUCGCAUAGGUAAGAAGAAGUAUGCACUGAAGGUGUUCAAGUUCUUCAGUGUCGAGCACGAACGCUCUUCAGUAUUUCCUACCGAUAAGGUCAAGGCAAGCGAUGAGAUAAUCGCUUAUUACUCUGAUCCAUUUUUUGCAGAGUGUAGAGCAUACGGAAAGUUGCAAACCCAUGAGCAAGAGCAGGAAAGAAAACGAACAAGAGACGAGAGGCGGCAACAUCGGGAACAUCGACACCGACUAGCUGUGCCCUGCCACGGCUAUCUUUAUCUCUCAGCAGAGCAGUAUGGGGAAAUUUUCAGCGAGCAAUUCGGGAUUCGAGACUGGGACUGGCCAGAAGAAGAUGAAGACAAGAGCUGGCGGGAGAAGCCACCGUUCCGAGCUUUGGUGAAAGAGCUCGUAGAGUCCAAGGAGGCCAUUGUUAAUGCAGAAGGAAUGGAGCGAGAUCUACACGAACUGAGGAGAUUAGGAAUAUACCCAGUAGACCUGUACGCGAGGAAUUACCUGGAUAGAAAACUUGUUGAUUUCAGUAGCGCGCUGAUAUCUCCACACUGGUGGCUUGAUUCUCUCAGGCCACUGCGUCGCCAAAGGGUUUUGGACGAAGAGCUUGUACUGUUCAAAGAGGUGAUUAAUGAUGGGAAAACCAUUUCCUGCGAUGUUGCAAGCGAUGACAUUGUCCGAGGGAAGCGGAUGAGGCUAAAGAGAUCCGAAGCCGAGGCUCUAGAAGCAAAAUCACCAAUGCAGUUCAAGGGGUUUAACAGUUCAACUGGAGACGGGCAAAAGCACUAG